UUUAGCAGCAACAUACAAGUCGGCCAUAUUAGAGAGAUGGAAAUAAAGCUUCCUUAAUGUUGUAUAUGUCUUUGAAGUACAUCCGUGCAUUUUCUUUUUUAGCAUCUAACCAUUCCUCCCUUGUAGUCCUUGGUCCCUCAAAUCACCCUCUCCCAUAGCCCACCCGCCUAACAUCUCAGUCUCUGAAAAUGCACAGGGAUGCCUGGCUACCUCGCCCUGCCUUCAGUCUCACGGGGCUCAGUCUCUUUUUCACUUUGGUGCCACCAGGGCAGAGCAUGGAAGUCACAGUCCCUACCACCCUAAAUAUUCUCAAUGGAUCUGAUGCCCGCCUGUCCUGCACCUUCAACUCCUGCUACACCGUGAACCAUAAACAGUUCUCCCUGAACUGGACCUACCAGGAGUGUAAUAACUGCUCGGAGGAGAUGUUCCUCCAGUUUCGCAUGAAGAUCAUUAACCUGAAGCUAGAGAGAUUCCGAGACCGUGUGGAGUUCUCGGGGAACCCCAGCAAGUAUGAUGUGUCAGUGACGCUGAGAAACGUGCAACUCGAGGAUGAGGGCAUCUAUAACUGCUAUGUCAUGAACCCGCCCGACCGCCACCGCGGCCAUGGCAGGAUCCAGCUGAGGGUCCUCCUGGAAGAGCCUCCAGAGCGGGACUCCACGGUAGCGGUGAUCGUGGGGGCCUCGGUGGGGGGCUUCCUGGCUGUGGUCAUCUUAGUGCUGAUGGUGGUCAAGUGUGUGAGGAGGAAAAAGGAGCAGAAACUAAGCACGGAUGACCUGAAGACUGAGGAGGACGGCAAGACGGACGGCGAGGGCAACGCGGACGAUGGCGCCAAGUAAAGGGCGGCCGGCCCUGCAGCCCCUCCCCGCGUCCUGUCUCCUCCCACUCUCUGCCCUGUACAGCGUGACCCUGCCUGCCCUCUUGGUGUGCUUCUCUUGAGCAGGACCCCAGGGCUGACCUGGGGCCUCCUGAACCCCUCACUUCGUACCCCACCACCCUGCACCAGGAGUGACCCACCUCUCUUCCAUCUGAGAACCUGCCAUGGCGUCUGGGAUGUGUGGGCCCAGGGGAGAGGACAGUCUCUGAGAGGAGGCAGGAGGCCUGUGGGGUCCCACAGAGGAUGGGGAAGGUGGGCAGUGGUGGUGCAGCUCGGGGCUUGGUCUGGUGAUGGCUUCAGAGAGGACCUGGGGGGGAGGACGGGCUCUCCUGAGUUGACCAGAGUGGCCUUGAGAAGGCCUGGGCUGUGGCCCUGCCGUGCUCCUCUGGCUGCUCUAGCCCAGAGCAACCCGUCAGGCUGAGAGUGAGGAUGCAGUCCUGUCACCAAGGGGGCAUGUGACAGGGGUGAUUGUGCAUUUCUGAAGGAGAGCAGGGCUGAACAAACCUGGACUCAGCCUCGGCCCAGGGAGCUCUGUGCUGGCCCUGGUUUCCAUCGCUAGCUGCUGCCCCAGGAGGCUGGCGGUUUGCUAUUGGCUACUGAUCCAUUGCGGGUGAUAGCGAGGACAGUACCGGAAAAGCAGCUCCAGGCAGGGUUGUGCUCCACCCUAGGCACCCACCAAGGCAUGGCCAUGGCCCUCCCCUGAGCCAGGAGCAGCCGAGGUUCAGGAUCCCAGGCGGUAUGCAUAGGAGGGCAGCUUCCUUCAGGGCUUUGGGUUGGACUUUUCCAGUUGCCCCAGCAGGGUUCCCAUCUAGCUUUUGGCAAGAGGAAGGGAGGGAAGGCUGGAGGGAUGUGAGAGAGGAGGCCAUGGAGCUGCUGAGCCCUGUGACCUGCCUGGUCCAUCUGGAGUCCUGCUUCCUGCUCUCCAGCCCCAGCAGCUCCUUUUGUGGGAAAGGAAGUAGCAUGAGUGGGAAGCCAACUUUCACUGCCAUUUUACUCACCUUAAAAGGGAAUGGUUUAGGCCUGGAGAGAGGGAGAAAGCCAGGGACAGAAACUGCUGACUCAGAGAAUAUGACCUUGGAAGAGGUCAACUAACCAAGUCCCUCAUAUGGGGAAACUGAGGUUUCAAGUGACAGAAACUGAGGGUCCUGCCCCCUUCUCUGGCUUUUUGGUUUCCAGUUUGAAUCAACAGAGCCCCUGGUGGUUUUCCUGGUGGAGCCCCUGGGGCCUGAGAGGGGUCGGCUAGAGGGGAGGCAUUCAGCCCUGCUCCUCUCCCAGGAGCUCAGCCCGCCCUGCUCAGGGAGUUAGGUGUCCAGGGCAGGGGAUGAGUCUGGGGAAAAGGGGUGGAGACAGCAUCAUGACAGUCUCAGGGACCAAUCCCUGCCUCUGCGCAUGAGAUGGCCAUUUUGGGGAGAGAGCAAUAGCAUGUGGGAGAUUCAGCUUAAUUCACUUCAACAACCAUUUAUUGAGCAUCUGCUCUGUGCCAGGCACCAUGCUGGGUGCCAGAGGCACACACAAAGCCAUAACAGAGUUGGGGACUGCUAGGUCAGCACUGUAAGGACCAAGGUUUUUUGGUGCAUCUACUUCCACCUCUGUAACCACUUCUUCCAGAAUUAGAGUUAGGGGAGAAGGAAGGGAUUCUAGAAUCGGGGCCUUAGGAAGGGAGGAAGGAAGGUACAACUGGGACAAGAGCACAGUGGCCAGGGAGGGUGUGGGCACAGGAUGAGGGACAGGCAAAUAGCCAGAGGACUCCCAGGUGAGGUGAGUCCAGCCCUUCUGGAAAUUCCCAACUCAUCAGCUCAGUACCUAACUGCCAAUCAACACACUGCCAAUGGGGGUGAGCCACGCCACCAGGACACCUGGAGCAGGUGAUACUACCCAUCCUUCCAGCCACUCAGCUGGGAGUGGAAAGGUGGGCUGUGGGUACCUCAGCCAACUGAGACCAAGGGUGGUGGGAUAUACUUCUGCAGCUUGCAGAUAUCAUUUUUUGGUCAUCUAGUACAUGUCCCCCUGUCCCAUGAUGUGAGGAUCUGCUCUGAUGCUAAGAACUUUUCUUUUUUCAGGACUCAUAACAUUUAGGCAGAUAAUUUGCAAGAUUCCCUAGGUUCAUGAAAAAAGUCCUAACUCCUCUUUAAAAAACCCAAGACUCCUUCUUUUCCCUGACAGAAUGGAGCCCAGGGAAAGCAAUGCCUAUCCGUGGGCUCAGAGACCCAAGCAGAUGGGGCUGGGUCAGGACCCAUCUCUGUCCCAGGUGCUUGCCCUCACAUGCACUUUCUUCUUGAGGCUCUUAGACCUUCCUUCCGGGGGUCUCUGAACGCCUCCCCCAGGUCAGUGAGGUUGGGAGCAAACUGGGGCUUCUGUGAGUCAAGGUGGGACACCAGUGAGAUGUUUCCACAGCAGCCGUUGCUCUGUCCUGCAUCCUAGCUUGGCCAGCAAGCUGGUCCACUUCCGGCUGCAUGUUCCCACCACUGCGCUCUGCUGGUUUCAGUCUGCUGGCUUCUCAGCCGCCCCUGCCUCUCCUGCUCUCUCACACCUCCCCCCCAUCUGUCUCUUCCUCCUAAUUAAGGGCCACUGCAAAGAAGAUGGGCUGGCUAACCCAUGGGAUUUAGCUUAUAAGAACAAAGCACAAUUUUUCAGGACUGAAAUGCCUCGAGGUGCCUUGGAACUGGCUUUGGAAAUAGCUAUCUGCCCCUCUAGCUAUGGACUCAUCACAGUUAUUCCCAAUUUAUAAGAAGGAAAAGUUGAUUGGAUCCAUAUUUCUUUCUGUGAAUCUCCUUGGAGAAGUUGGGCUGGUAAAUAUUUACAAGGUUAGGUUAAGCAGAUUAAUCAUUGGAAAACUGAUCAAGUCCAAAAAGAUAGUCCCAGGACAUAGGAAAUUGGAACAGGUGAUAAAUCAAGAAAUCUUCCUUCCUACUUGUGUCUUAAGGAUAGACAGCCUGUGUCCCUUGCUGUGCCUCUUGCUGAUGUCUUCCUUUACUGAAGCUUGCUGAUGCAUUUGUACAUAGCCUCUCUGUAUAGGUAUAGAUAUAUUAUAUAUACAAAUAUAAAACAUCUCACUACACCCACCCCAAAAGUUACAUUGUGGGGAGAGGGUGUAAUCACUUCUCAAUGUUUUGAGUUGAUUCACCAAAGGCAAAUUAUGGAAUGUUCUUAUUGCUUUUUGUGCACAUGGAGGGGGAAACCUGGCUGCAUAAGCAGUACUUAUGUACCUCUAGGGUCUAUGUGCUGUGUGGUGGUUGGGAGGGGAGAGAAGUCUAAAUGGUCCUCUGGGACCCAACUGCAGGGCUGUUUCUGCUUCUGGGAGCAGAUUGAGUUUCUUUGGCAGUUUGACUGAUUGCUUGGAUCUGUUGGCUACAAUAAACAUACUGUCUCCCCUCAA